AUGGCAUUGCGUUUGUGCUUCUUUCUAUUGGUGUUUGUUUCUUUGGUUUCGACAUCCACUGCUGCCGUCCAUUUCACGCAUUGGUAUGGCCAGUACCGAAAGGUCUUUGAGCAAAUCAUGGAAGAUAAUUGUCAGGAAGAGUACCGGACUUACUUGCACGAGGUCGCCCCGAAGGACUAUCUGAGCGAAUAUGUCACGCCGGUCAUCGAUUGCAUUCUGGAGAAUCUGAACGAAACACGCAAGUCCAACAUGGCGGCCGCUGCUGUGCUGCUAGGUCUACUACCGACGACCCUGGGUCUUGUUGGGUCCACCACCGUGGAAGUCGGCCUAGUAGCUCUGCGACGACCAUUUCUGGCCUUCCUGCUCGCAGCUGGGGCACCAGCCGUCUCGCCCAUCCGCACAUUCGAUUACAUUGACACCACGGAGCUGUUGGAGAGGAAACCCAAGACCAUCCGGAUCAAGCGAAUGGGCUGGUCGUCGGGGUUUCUCAUCUCUGUGUUCCAGUACGUCAUGGCAGCUGCCGCCGUCGUCAACCUGGCCUUUGUGAGCUACGAGAUCUGCAUCCAGACCAUCUGCUCCUUUGCGCCAGAGACCGCAUACCUCCCGGCCCUCUGGGCAUUUUUGGCCGUUGCCGUACACUUCUUUGGCACCUGGUCGGUCCAUUGUCGAACCCGGAUCUCCAUCCGACCGAGUGAGAAGCCACCGACAGGGCUGUGGCAGAUGCUGUGCGCGGAAUUCACCCCUUCGGCCUCGCGAAAACAAGCGGCACAGCUGGAGAUCAAGGAAGAGACGUACCUGUACAUCUUCCUCUCGUGGUUCACCGCCACAGGCACCGUGCUGCACAUCGUGUACGGGACGCUCGUCUUUUCGAGCCUCAUAUUCAUCUCCACCAGCGACGCCACCGCCGUCGUGGGGAGAUACCUGGCCUCCACCCUGGUGUGCCGCGUGAUCGUCAUGUACGAGCUGAGCGGGCUCCGAGAGGUGCUGGGCGAUUGGCGACAGGACUCUCAUCACGCCCACGGCGGACCGGAGUUCAUACCCAUGGAAGCACCCUCGGGGAGCGGGAGCAUGUCGUUUGGUGAGCGUCUCAGCCGUCCUUGGAAACGGGGGUCUUUGAGCCGCACAGACGAGUGGCAGCCCCUGCGCGGGACCGACAGGCACGGGGAAGCGUGA